GAUUGAUGCGAAAGAGGAAUUUUCUUCAUUCAGACGGGGAGAAAGAAGAUCCUUCACAGGCGACUUCUAUUAUCCUGCGAUAUCUCAAACCCCAAAGUCUCAAUGGCGUCCCUCACCACUCUUCGCGCCGUGACGCAUCGAUUAACGACGACUCCCGUGAAUCAGCUGCCUCAGAUUGCUGCUUUUCUUGCGACAGCCUUGGGGGACUGCGCUGAUAUCCUCUCUGCACCUCAAUCCCAGAAUAAUGCGCGAUCGGAGUCGGAUGCUUCUCUCCAGGUCCACAAGCUCAAGACUCGAUUGACGGGCUUGCUCCAGGACCGCAGUAUUGAAGGACGAUGGACGGCGGUUAUCUUGGUGAAGGCCACAAUAGAAGCUGGUCGAUGGGAGAUUCUGCGCGGAUGUGAGCCAUGGGUGCGCGGAUUGUUGAGCGUGCUUGGGAAACCGGACCCAACAUCGACCAAGAAACUUUGCAUCAUCACGUUGACGCGGAUAUUCCACCUUACAUACCAAUAUCAGACGUUGGUUCGAGAAAUAACUACUCCCUCCCUGCCUGGUUUUAUCACAUCGUGUCUGAAUGCCGUCUCUGUGAAACCAACGUCGGAGCCGACUAGAGUGCUCAAGCCGAAUGCGUCGCUGCUCGAAACCGUCCUGCAUGCUCUCACAGACCUGAUCGCAAGACACCCGACAGUACUGCGUCCCUUCUCUGCUCAGAUUCAUAGCCUUCUCAUCGCUAUCAUUGGAACAUCAGGCCAGUCUUUCCCGGAAGCUGUUAACCGAUUGGCACAUCGACUGUUCAUAUCCCUUCACAACUGCGCCCCGAAAAAUACCCACGGUGAAGAAUGGAAGGCAGCCCUCCGAUUGACGAUCUCUUCCACUCAUAGAGCCGCCGACUACACCUUUAGAGCUGUCGUCGAGCAAUGGGAGUCCACCGAUUCCACUCUGCGACAGGUCGCAAGGCCCCAUGACUACAGCCAACAAGCUGGGGAUUGGGAAUCCGAUCCUCUGGGUCUUCCAGGAUGGCAAGGAAUUCAUGCUGGGUCUGACAGGCUGACAAAUCUACUACAUCUUCUUUCUGGCUUUAUCUCGACGCGGACAGCAGCUACUGUGAAUAUCCCUCUGGGGUCAAUACUGGACUUAACAUCUAGGCUGGCCUCUGUUACAGUGCCCCCAGAAGGAAAAGACACACUUGAGAGUACUGUGCAGCUGAAUCCACAGAUUGGCCGAGAUGAACGUGAAAGCCUCUGGAGUGAACUCCCUCGCAUCCAUGUUGCUUGCCUGGAGCUUUUCAUGACGGUGGUCGACUUGUUGGAGACGGGUGUGGUACCCGUUGCCCAGAACAUGCUGGAGCAGGCGCUCUGGAUUUUCGAUUCGGAGAAAUUCAACAAAGACGUCCGCACCGCAUUGUACGCACUGCUGUACCGCCUGCUUCCCUUGGUCGGCCGCUCAAUGAGGAAACAACAUAUUUCUACUCUCAGUCCGCUGAUCAGGACUUGCUGCCAAGACCUCCUCCCAUCAAGUGUCGAUACACAAUCUGCGCAAAACCAACAGUCGGAGUCGAAAGGAAAAUCGAAGUCUAAGCAGGGUAGUUUGAAUGCCGAUGCUUUCUUGAACGCAGACGUCAGAAAGAUCCAACAACUCCGAGACAUUGCAUCAGUUCAAGGUCUUCAACUCGCUGCUUCUCGACUUCUGACAGUCUUACUCGUCUGGCUCCCUGCUGAGCAUGUACCUCCACCACUACGGGCUGAGAUUGACCGGACAGUGAUCCUAACGCAAAACAAGGAAGCCAUGCUGGCUAGUGUCCUCAACCCAGUUCCUGUCGUUAAGGGCCGGAGAGCAAACCCAAGCAUCAUGCCAUUCUUGGCCAGAGAGUAUAGUGCUGAACUAGAAGUCGAAGGGCUCCUGCGACCUAGAAUGCCCGUCCUACUCGGCGGUCCCGAGAGAAACAUGUCCAUGAUCGACGGAGAAGAUGAGGAAGAAGAUGAGGUCACUGCACCAAAAUAUGAAGCUGCCAGACCCGCAACAGACACCCUUGAUCGCUUCCUCCCAGCUUCCCACAACCAAGUAGCUGUCGAAGCUGAAGUUGCGCAAGACCUGAUAAACGCUCAUAGCAAGAGGACGUACCCUGGAGACGCCAUGGAAACUGACGCACCCAGACCCUCCGCCAUCACCAACGGGGAGUCAAAGAAAAUGCGUCUCGAAUCCGCCAAUGCACCAACACUUCUUGAACGGACAUUUCCAACCCCUGCCGCAUCAAGCAUCGUAGCCACUGAUAAAGGUGCCGCUGCAACAGUUCCGGUAACCCUGUCAGAGGCUAGUGCAACGCCGGCUACUGCUCCUUCAGUAUCUGGGCCUUCCGCUCCAUCUGUGUCUAACCCUAGUGUCUCCGUCCCUGCAUCCGUUGCUACCAGGUUUGAAGCCACGGGAGCUCAAGGCGGAGCUGCCGCUACCCAAGAUGAUGAAGACAGUGAUGACGAACUGCCAGCCUUGAAUAUUGAACCGGAUACUGAUGACGAAGAUGAAGAGGAUGUCGACAUGGAGGGAUAAAAGUGCACAUCAUAAUUUUCUGUAUAAAUAGCUAAAGUACAACGAAAUAGAUCGAAUGAUAGAACAGGAAAAGUAUAUAUAUAUAUACAGUACCUUGCAUCAUUGUAUAACUACUCUAGAGUUCGGAGAUGCCAGCGACACCAUCAAUCGGCCGGCAUAUUCCGAAUCUUAAGUCGAGAUGGAUGCGUGUUCUUGUUGGUGGUCUCAAGUUAGUACU